GAAAAUCAUGUUAUCUAUUGGAAACCUUUAAAUGGAAGUACAAUGUAUCACAUUGAGCAGAAGCAAAAUGAAUCUCCAAAGAGCUGUCUUUAUUCUUCUGACUUUUGUUAUCUGCGAAUGUGCAGAGAAACCUCACAUUGUAUUUAUAGUCGCUGAUGACCUCGGAUGGAACGAUGUUGGAUUUCGGAACCCUCAAAUGAUCACUCCUAACCUGGACAGACUGGCCAAAGCUGGAGUCAUCCUCAACUCUUCUUACGUCCAACCUGUGUGUUCGCCCUCCAGAAACUGCUUCAUGUCGGGAUAUUUUCCUUAUCACACCGGACUACAGGACGGCGUUAUUGGGUUGGACGAAGCAAAACACCUGCCGGCCAACCUAAUAACAAUACCACAAAAACUGAAACAACUUGGCUAUGAUGCUCACAUGGUUGGAAAGUGGCAUCUUGGAUUCUGUAACUGGAAAUAUACACCCACGGAGAGAGGCUUUGAUUCCUAUCUUGGAUUUUACACUGGUUCAGAGGACUACUUUACUCACGUAAGACAGGGAGGAAGCGAUGAAGUGGGGCUGGAUUUUCGCGUCAACAAGACUGUCAAAAGAGACGCCAAUGGAACCUAUUCUGCAAAUGUGUUUGCGGACAGGGCUGUUGAAAUCAUUGAGAACCACGACAAUAGUAAGCCACUUUAUCUAUACCUUCCAUUCCAGUCUGUACAUGUACCACUCGAAGUUCCACCUAAAUAUGAAAACAUGUACAAAAAUAUAGAAACCAUAAACAGAAGGGUCUAUUGUGGAAUGGUGAGUGCUUUGGAUGAAGCUGUUGGGAAUAUCACUAAGGCAUUAGAAGACAAAGGUCUCAUGGACAAUUUAUUGUUAGUCUUUACAACCGAUAAUGGUGGUCCCACAUAUGUUGCUGCUAAUAACUUGCCUUUAAGAGGGGCCAAGACUACUCUGUGGGAAGGGGGAACGAAAGGUACAGGAUUCAUCUACAGUAAAACACUUUUGAAGAAGACGGGCUACCUCAACACUGGAAUGAUGCAUGCUGUAGACUGGUACCCGACAUUGUUGGAGCUGGCUGGUGGAGAGAACACAGACCCAAACAUGGACGGAGUCAGUCAGUACGACAUGCUCAUCAAUGGUGGACCCUCCAAACGGAAUGAGUUCGUCUACAACAUCUAUGGCAAGCGGGAAGCAGCUGCAAUACGGUAUGGAGAUCUCAAACUCAUGCAAGGAAGUCCGGGAUCUCACAAUGGUUGGGCUCCUUUACCACAUUUGGGAAUUGAUGAACGUGUUUAUCAAGCUGAUAACCAGAAGUUCCCUCCCUUCAUGCUGUACAACAUUACUGCAGAUCCAACGGAACACUUCGACCUCUCAGCCAAGUACCCUGAGCUAUUGGACAUGAUGAAGAAGAGGCUGGAGAACUGGAAGAAAACCCGUGUCCCGGCCCAGGACCCUUCUCAUGUUCCAAGGGCGAACCCAAAAUACUAUGGCGGUGUAUGGAGUCCUGGGUGGUGUUGAUACAAACAAUGCUGUCAUACAAAAUAAAUAUUCGAAGAUUU